AUGAACGAUGAGAUACUCUCUGCCCUCGUCGGCGUAAUGGAUCGACUGGCGAAUUUCGAGUCAUCGCAGCGCGUCCGUGACGAAGACGAGAGUAUUCUCGGCAGUGUUGAAAAUGGCAUGUCCGCGUCCGCGCUUAGCGCGAAAUUGCGCGGUCGACAGAAUAUCGUCAAAGCACUUGGUUCGCCAGAGCAAAAGCCAGCCUUUACCUUGGAUCGAGCGCUAGCACCGGGCGACGGCGUGUCGAUGUUUGCGUCGCUGGCACCUCCUCGUGGGUAA